AUGUCAUCCGCCAUCCUCUAUUCUUCCAUCCUCGACAAAUCCAAUUCUGUCUUUCCCUUUCCUUCUCCUCCCCCUUCCAUAACUUCUGAAGCAUUCGACAUUGAUCAUAUCGACGGGUUCGAUUUUGAUACCUUCACACAUUCUUCUUCCAUCGACGACGAUCAUUCUCUAUCGUUUACAAUCUCUUCACCUGAAUCAAAUCCCGUCGUAUCUCCUAGAACAUCCUUCGAUACCACUAUACCAAUCAAUUUAAACUCAUCCUUUUCCUCUGAUACUUCCUUCGAUACCUCCCUCACAUCAUCUAUCGAUCCCAUACCCAAAGUUGAGAUUGCAGCAGCGGAAAAGUUGAGCGAACAUCAUCUUCUACGUUAUUUACAUUACAAAACCCUAGCCGAUCAAAGUAUUAAAGACCAAGAAUUCUAUUCGUCCUUUGUUCCAGGGAGCAUGCAAGGGGAGCAUCAUCUGAAUCAUCCUCAUAUUCAACCCAACAUCAAUACACCGAUUUACAAAAAUGGAAAUGGAAAUGAGAAUGGAAAUGGAAACAUCAUCAUGUCAUCCUUCCCUACUCAACCUACUCCCGUUUAUUAUCAACAAUCCGUACCGAAUUGGAAUUCGAUGUCUUUCCCUUCUCAACCCAACAUGAUCCAAGCACAAGCACAAGCUAGAGCCCAGGCACAAGCUCACAUGCAAGCUCAUGCAGACGCUUUCGAACGUGCUAGAUCUCUAUCAAUGUCUAGUUUCUAUACUACACCCGUUCAAACUUCUUUUGAAAAUAGUUGGAUCCAACAACCUCCUACAGGACAGACACAAUCGAUGUCUAUUCCUAUCCCAAUGUCAACUAUACCAAAUUCCAUACCUUCUACUCCUCUUCAGAUAUCUUCUCAAUUACGUGAAGUUGUAACACUCCCAACCAAUCUUCCUCUUCCACAACAGAUUGAAGAACAAAACGAAAUCAUCAAUUCCGUCAGUGGUGAUGUUGAAGAUGAAACAGAAGAAGGAAUGGAUGAAGGAGAAGAAGAAUUAUCUCAUGAUGAAAGUCUUGUCGAACAUAAACCUACUAUACCUUCAAUCGGAUUGACAAACCUUCAUGGUGGUGGUAGAGGUUACGUACCUGGUCAAACACCUGAUGAUCCUAAAAAACGACAUAAAUGUACCAUCUGCGGUCGAGGUUUUGCAAGAGCUUUCAAUUUGAAAUCUCAUGUACAAACUCAUAAUCCUUUACGUCCUAAACCUCAUACUUGUCCUCAUUCAAGUUGUAAAAGAGGUUUUAGUCGAUUACACGAUUUAGAACGUCAUCGUCAAGGUAUCCAUUCAGAUGGUCCUUUGGCGGAAGCUAAAAAACAUGGUGUUGCUCCUUCAACUGCAAGAGCUCAAGGUAGGAGUCAAAGACGUUCUCAAUCCGACACGUGGGAAACCAAAACAAAACAAAAAUAA